GCGUCCCAAUUGCGCGCAAUUGGGACGGCACGGUGCCACCAUCUCUGGAGGGGAUAUUACUAACUAUGGCCCAUCCGCUUAUCUCAUCUGGACCGCACCCUAAUUCCAUUUUUUUCAUACAUCUCUUUAUCCUCGAGUGCCUACAACAUGUCCCGAAAUACGACUAGUUGUGAUCUAUGGGUCUAUGAUGACUUCACCAAGUGUGCGCGGGGAUAUUUCAAUCUGUAUCCCCCCCUCGUUGUUGGCGGAGUCUCGUUGUCUAUUCUCUUACUCAAGAGUGUUGCCUCGUAUCAUCGCUCCCUCAACAGAACCAAGACGGCAGAAACCCAGCCGCUCAUCGCCAACUCGGAUGCAUACGGCUCCAUCGACCAAGCCAACACACUGGUCUCGUUGAAGGCCCGUCACUUCGACUUGGUCAGACUUCCCGACACCAACGAAGACGGCACCCCCCACGGCAAGGUCGAGUUGGUGUACAAGAGUCCCUUGGAGAGAUUGAGAGUCUCCUUAGAAUACUUGUUGGUCAUUGCCCAGUUAGCCCUCGCUGCAUCGUUGUUCUUCGUCAGCGACCUCAUCAAGGAAUUUAAACACGCUUCCUACGUUCCAUUCAUCAAGACCGCCUUUUGGUUUUACGUCUUUGUCAUCGUUUCUAUCAGAGUUGGAAACUUGAGAAAAGUCAAUAUCAAAUUGCCUAAUUUGUGGAUCCAUUCUACCACCAUUUACUUCUUCAACUUCUUAACUUCCAUCUUAACUUUUAGAUCUGCAUUGGUUGGAACCAUUAAAAACCACACGGUUCAAAAUUACUACAUCGUGGAAUUUGCUCUUUCCGCUACUCUACUUGUGUUGAACUUCACCGCCACUGCGGGCGACAAACCCUCUAAAUUAUACUACACCAGUGAUGGUAUUGCUCCUUCGCCAGAAAAUGUUUCUAGUAUUUUCUCGUUCAUCACCUACACUUGGAUCGACAAGAUGGUGUGGAAGGCUUACAACCAACCAUUGGAAAUGUCCGAUAUCUGGGGCUUAAGAGAAGAUGAUUAUGCCUUGUACAUCCUCAAGUCUUUUGAAGCGUACAAGUCUAGAUUCAGAUUCACCGUUAAGUUGUUCUCCCAUUUCAAAUUAUUAUUUGCUAUUCAAGCCUUUUGGGCCAUCAUGGAAUCCUUCUUGAUCUUUGUUCCUUCUCUCCUUUUAAAGAGAGUGUUGGAAUACGUCGAUAGCCCGGAGUCUUCCUCCAAGAUGUUGGCUUGGACAUUUGUAUGCUUGAUGCCUAUCUUUAAGAUCAUUGACUCCAUUUCUUCUGGUUGUUCUUUAUACUUGGGAAGAAGAGUCUGUGUUAGAAUGAAGGCAAUUAUCAUCGGUGAGGUUUACGCCAAGGCCUUGAGAAGAAAGAUUACUGUCUCUGAGAGCACUACUGAAGAAGAAGAAGAGGAAGAAGAAGACAACACUAAGAAAUCUGAAGAUGGAAAGACUUCCAAGAAGACAGCGGAAUUAGGUGCUAUCAUCAACUUGAUGGCCAUCGAUGCCUUCAAGGUCUCUGAAAUCUGUGGUUACUUACAUUACUUUGUGAGUUCCAUUCUUAUGAUCUUCAUUUGUGUAUCCUUAUUGUACAGAUUACUUGGAUGGAGUGCUCUUGUCGGUUCUUUAGCCGUUGUUGCAUUGUUCCCAUUGAACUACAGUAUCGCCAAGUUUGUCGCUAAGAAACAAAAGGAAAUGUUGGCUGUUACCGAUAAAAGAAUCCAAAAACUUAACGAAACAUUCCAAAGCAUUAGAAUUAUUAAAUUCUUUGCUUGGGAAAAUCAGUUCUUCAAAAACAUCAUGGAGAUUAGAAAUGAAGAAAUCUACAUGUUGAAGAUGAGACUUUUUGCUUGGGCUUGUGGUGCUUUGGUUUGGUUUACCACCCCAACUUUGAUUUCCUUAUUGACCUUCUAUUGUUACACAAUCGUUCAAGGAAACACUUUGACUGCACCAAUUGCUUUUACUUCCUUAUCUUUAUUCACCCUUUUGAGAUCCCCAUUAGAUCAAUUGUCUGAUAUGACUGCCUACGUCAUUCAAUCCAAGGUUUCUUUGGAUAGAGUUGCUGACUUUUUGGACGAAGAGGAAACCUCGAAGUAUGAUCAGUUAGCCCAGGAAGCUGGUCCUAACAGCCCUGAAAUUGGUUUCGAAAAAGCUACUUUCUCUUGGAAUCCGAAGUCUGAUCAAGAUUUCAAGUUGAGAAAUUUGGACAUUCAAUUUAAGCCUGGAAAGUUGAACGUUAUUAUCGGCCCUACUGGAUCUGGUAAGACUUCUUUAUUGUUAGCUUUAUUGGGUGAAAUGACCUUGACUGAAGGUAAGGUUUUCUUACCAGGUAUUAUUCCAAGAGAUGAAUUGGUUGUUGACCCUCAAACAGGAUUAACUGAAUCUGUUGCUUACUGUUCCCAAGCUGCUUGGUUGUUGAACGAUACCAUCAGAAACAACAUCACCUUCUCUGCCCCAUUCAACCAAAACCGUUAUGACAAGGUUGUGGAAGCCUGUGGUUUGUCUCGUGAUUUCGAAAUUUUGAGUGCUGGUGACUCUACUGAAGUUGGUGAAAAGGGUAUCACUUUGUCUGGUGGUCAAAAGCAGAGAGUUUCUUUGGCUAGAGCUUUGUAUUCCAACUCCAGACACGUUCUUUUGGAUGACUGUUUGUCUGCUGUCGAUUCACACACUGCCUUGUGGAUCUAUGAAAACUGUAUUUCUGGUCCUUUGAUGGAAGGAAGAACUUGUAUUUUGGUUUCUCACAAUGUUGCCUUGACUAUUCAAAAAGCUGAAUAUGUUGUUGUUAUGGACAAUGGUAGAGCCAAGUCCCAAGGUACUCCUGAAGAAGUAUUGAAGUCUGGUGAUCUUGGUGACGACGAUUUAGUGAAAACUUCAGUCUUGAACUCCAGAGAACAAUCUACGACCAACUUGACCUCUUUGGAAGACAAGAAUUCUGACAUGAAGGCCAAGGCUGCCGUCAUUGAAAGCAAAUUGAAAUCUAUCCAGGACCAAGACCCAACUGAAGAAAUCGUGAAAAAGACUGAUGGUAAGUUGGUCGAAGAAGAAAGUAAGGCUAUUGGUGUCGUUGGAAUGAAGGUUUAUGCCGGUUACGCCAAGUAUUUGGGUGGCUUCUGGACCUGGACCUUGAUCAUUGGUGCAUUUGGUCUUUCACAGGGUGUCUACAUGGGUCAAUCUUGGUGGUUAAAGAACUGGUCUUUCAACAGCUCUCGUGACAACGCCGUUAACGCCAUGAUUAUGACUGUUGUUGGAUCCUCGCACGAUGUGUCCACUAUCAAGCAUCUCCCUGUUAUUCGUUACUUCUUCAGUCUCUUCUCUUGGAUUGGAACUGCUAGAGCUACCGUCGCUGCAUACAGAGAAGAACACAACACUUUGUAUUACAUUUCCAUUUAUGGUGUCAUUGGUGUUGCAUACGCCUUCCUUGCAUCUAUCAGAGUCCUCGUUACUUUUUUCUGUGGUGUUGCUGCUUCAAACAAAAUCUUCAAGGAAGUGUUGACAAGAAUCUUACAAGCAAAAUUGAGAUUCUUUGAUAAGACCCCAAUUGGUAGAAUCAUGAACAGAUUCUCGAAAGAUAUUGAAUCCAUUGAUCAAGAAUUGACUCCAAUGGCUGAAGGUGUCUUUGCAUGUCUCGUUCAAUGUGUUUCCAUCUUGGCCUUGAUUGUGUUUAUUACUCCUGGCUUCUUGAUCUUUGCCAUUUUGAUUUCAUUCAUGUACUACUUGGUUGGUAUCUUCUACAUUACUCUCUCCAGAGAAUUGAAGAGAUACGAGUCUAUCACUAAGUCCCCAAUCCAUCAACAUUUCUCUGAAUCAUUGAACGGUGUCGCUACUAUCAGAGCUUAUGGUGUUGAAUCCAGAUUCAUGAAGCAAAACUUGAGUUACAUUGACAGUAACAACAGACCUUUCUUUUACUUGUGGGUCGCUAACAGAUGGUUGGCACUUCGUAUUGAUUUGGUGGGUUCUUUGGUUGCUUUCUUCGCUGGUAUCUUUGUAUUGACCUCAGUCGGUAGAAUUGAUGCUGGUUUGGCCGGUAUCUCGUUGUCAUAUGCCAUUGCCUUUGCUGAAAGCGCUUUAUGGAUUGUCCGUCUUUAUGCCAAUGUUGAAAUGAACAUGAACUCCGUGGAAAGAUUACAAGAAUACCUCGAAGUCGAACAAGAGCCAGCAUACGAGAUUCCUGAAACCGAACCUCCAGCUUCAUGGCCAGAAAGAGGUGUUAUCUCUGUCAAGGAUGUGUCUUUGAGAUACGAUCCUUCUUUACCAAGAGUCAUUAAGAAUGUUUCAUUCGAAGUUGAGUCUAACAACAAGGUGGGUAUUGUCGGACGUACUGGUGCCGGUAAAUCUACUAUCAUUACUGCUUUCUUUAGAUUUUUGGAUCCUGAAACCGGUAACAUUCUGAUUGACGGUAUUGAUAUUACCAAGAUCGGUUUGAGAAACUUACGUCAAGCCAUCACCAUCAUCCCUCAAGAUCCUACAUUGUUUGCUGGAACCAUCAGAUCUAACUUAGAUCCAUUCGGUGAAUACUCUGAUGACCAAAUUCUCAAGGCCUUGAAGAGGGUUAAUUUGAUUGGCGCAGAAGAAACUGCCGAAGCUGCCGAAGGGGAGAACCAAAACAAAUUCUUCAAUCUUGAAGGUGCCAUCACCGAAGGUGGUGGUAACUUAUCCCAAGGUGAAAGACAACUUGUCUGUUUGAGUCGUUCAUUGCUCAAGAACCCUAAGGUUAUUCUUCUUGAUGAAGCAACCAGUUCUAUUGAUUACAAAUCUGACUCCAUGAUCCAAUCCACCAUUAGAGAAGAAUUUUCCAACUCCACCAUCUUAACCAUUGCUCACAGAUUGAGAACCAUUAUCGAUUACGAUAAGAUUUUGGUUAUGGAUGCUGGUAGAGUUGUUGAGUACGAGAAUCCAUACGUGUUGAUUACCAACAAAGAAUCUUUGUUCUACAGUAUGUGUGAGAACAGUGGAGAAUUAGACUCUUUGAUCAAGUUGGCCAAAGAAGCCUAUGUGGUCAGAAAAAACAAAGGCAAGAAGUAAUUUGUGAAGCAAGGUAUGCCCAAAUAGAUAAUGUAUGCAAUUGAAUUAAGUAUUCUUUUAAUAUAAUGUAAUCGUCUAAUACGUGUG